AAAGCUCUCAUUUUCAUCUCAAUCUACUUCAGUAUUUACUCAAUAACAUGCAAAUAAUAUUUGAGCUUCAAUUCUUAUUGAAGAAGCGUUCAGCUUCAUAAUUGAUCUCCCUUCUUCUACCUAAAUAUACUCUGGCGAUACAUUUGGGAACUCGGUUGUUGCUGCCGAAUAUGGUUGCCCUUUUACAGGCGCAGCCACGCACAAUUUCAUCGAAACUCCAUUCGCACUGCUCUUCCAAAAGCAAGAAGAAACAGAAACAGAAAAAAUUAGAGCGAAAACGGUUUCAGAAUGACAGAAGACCUGCCCUCCCUUUCCCAAGAUCCUCCCCAACCCCCCUCCUUGUCAAAAACAAGCCCUUCACUCAAACUAAGCUCGCGGCCCUCGAUUCCGUCGUUAAUGAUCUCGAAGCCUCGGUCAAGAACGGCAUAGUCAUCGAUUCGGAAAUAUAUUCUUCUCUGCUAGAAACGUGUUACCAAUUGCAAUCCAUCGAUCACGGCAUCGCGAUUCAUCGUCUUGUUCCCCCAAACUUAUUGCGUAAAAACAAGGGCAUUUCUUCAAAACUGUUGAGGUUGUACGCUGCGUCCGGACGGAUGGAAAGUGCCCACCAGGUGUUCGAUGAAAUGUCUAGGCGGAACGAAUCCGCUUUUCCAUGGAAUUCUCUUAUCUCGGGGUACGCGGAACUGGGACAAUAUGAAGAUGCCUUAGCCCUUUACUUUCAGAUGGAGGAAAAGGGCGUUGAACCUGAUAGAUUCACAUUUCCUCGCGUGUUGAAGGCUUGCGCUGGAAUUGGGUUGAUUCAUGUUGGGGAAGCGGUUCACCGCGAUGUGGUGCGCAAAGGUUUUGGAAAUGAUGGGUUUGUGCUUAAUGCUCUUAUUGAUAUGUACGCAAAAUGUGGAGACAUUGUUAAGGCUAGGCGUGUUUUCGAUAACAUUGCUUGUAAGGAUAACGUUUCUUGGAAUUCUAUGUUGACGGGUUAUAUUCGACACGGGUUAUCGGUCGAGGCAUUUCAGUUAUUCCGUGGGAUGAUUCAAGAGGGAUUUGAGCCCGACUCUGUUGCCAUAUCCACAGUUCUGUCUAGUUUUUCGUCAUUGAAGAUGGCGACACAGAUACACGGGUGGGUUCUCAGGCGAGGAAUCGAGUCAAAUAUAUCGGUUGUUAAUGCUUUAAUUAUGGUGUACUCCAGUGUAGGGAAGUUAGAUGGGGCAAGUUGGUUGUUUCGCCAAAUGCCUGAGCGGGACAUAGUGUCCUGGAAUUCGAUAAUCUCCGGUCAUAGUAAACACCCAGAAGCUCUGCCGUACUUUGAACAGAUGAUGAAAAGUGGUACUUCACCUGAUAGCAUCACAUUCGUGGCAAUACUAUCAGCUUGUGCUCAUUUAGGAUUGGUUAAGAACGGAGAACGGCUGUUUAGGUUAAUGAGAAAGAAGUACCGGAUUGAUCCAAGAAUGGAACACUAUGCUUGCAUGGUGGAUCUUUAUGGGAGAGCAGGGCUGAUAGACGAGGCUUUCAACUUGAUAGCGGAGAGAAUGGAGUUCGAGGCAGGGCCAACUGUGUGGGGAGCAUUGCUGUAUGCUUGCUCUGUUCAUGGAAAUAUAGAGAUCGGAGAGAUUGCUGGUCGAAAACUUUUCGAGCUGGAGCCGGAUAACCGACAUAAUUUUGAGCUAUUGAUGAAGAUUUAUAGCAAUGCAGGUAGAUGGGGGGAUGUGGAGAGGGUUAGGCAAAUGAUGUUGGACAGGGGACUAUAGAGUUAAAGCUGAAGCUUUUGUAGUAAUAUAUUUACAAACAUG